AUGGCGGGCCUGGCUUUGCUGCUGCCGUGUAGAAAGGAAGACCCUCAGAGCGCUACCCGAGGCAGAGAGACACGAAGAAAGUGCAUCCUGAUCCAAGUGAUGGAAGACAACCCAAGUGGUCCCUCAUGGGCCUUCCAAAGGUCGAGUGGAACGGUUGCUAAGCAGAGCUCCCAAACCGCCUCUUGUUGUCAAGCUGACUUUCUAGCCCUGGGUAGUAAGGAGUUAAACGCAUUGCUGUUGGCACCCCAGACCCAGCCAAGACUCCGGGCCCCGCGGGCCGGCCGGGGAGGGAAGGGGACCCCCGGGCGGGGGGUGGAAGCAAGCCCUUUACCAGGCUCGGCUCAGCGUCUCUCGGCGUUUUGCAGUAACUGGGACGUGUGUGCAGACAUGGUGGGCACCUUCACAGACACCGAGGACCCCGCCAAGUUCAAGAUGAAAUACUGGGGCGUCGCCUCCUUCCUCCAGAAAGGAAACGAUGACCACUGGAUCAUCGACACGGACUACAACACGUACGCCGUGCAGUACUCCUGCCGCCUCCUGAACCUGGACGGCACCUGUGCUGACAGCUACUCCUUCGUGUUUUCCCGCGACCCCCACGGCCUGCCUCUCGACGUGCAGCGGGUGGUCAGGCAGCGGCAGGAGGAGCUGUGCCUGGCCAGGCAGUACCGGCUGAUCGUCCACAAUGGUUACUGCGAUGGCAAGUCAGAAGGGAACCUUUUGUAGCGACAUCAGAGACGCCAAGUUUCAUCUGGAAGAUUCUGAUUCGCUCUCACUCAGUCUUCAACUCUAUUUAUCUGUAAUCUGCCCUCUCUCCUCACCUUCUCUGAGUUCACAUAGACCCUUCAGUACACGCACAAAUCUACGGGGGAAUCCGUGACUCUGCGGUCAAAUGUCUAUCCUGAAGUUUCCUGAGGGAUCAUUUGAGGCUUAGGAUUCCAGAUUUUGAUUCAUUAAAAUAUAGCCAUCCCUCCCUA